AAACUAAUGGUGCUGUCUUAAACUUCUUGAAAGUUAUUUAUUGGUAUAUUAUUGACAUUAUGUUAUAUUUGUAUGUUUGAACGAUGCAUACUUGCAAAAAAUAUUAAAAAUUCUAUCGUGAGUGUUUCUUAAUUAUCUUCGAACGCACCUUUCUUCUGGAAAUCCGUCGCCACAAGGUACAAGUUGGAUCAAGAUUCAAGAGUGAGGACGACUCGGGAAUCAAACUGGUAGUCGAGUAGUUCACACUUCCUCCCGUUUGUGUGUUGAAUUUACAAUUACUAACAUGGUUUGUUCCUCCCUCAGUGUUCAUCACACAUCUGCAAUGAAAGUACUAACCGCGAUCCCCUUUAGAUGCUACGUACCCUUUUCUACAAGGGAAUGAUGUUAACUUAAGAGAAGAAAUUAGACAUCUAGUGUUAAUGACUAGACAUGUCUCACAGAGGAUCAUCAAAUAGAGGUCGUAGGGAUGGCCGGAGAAGAGGAUAUGGUCCUACAGGAUUUGAGGACCAUGGUGGUUAUAUGGCGGCAAAAAAGGCUAAGUUGUCCGAUCAGUUUCAGCGAGCAGCACAAUUUGAUUUUGGGGAAGAACGUCAUGGAGUAUUCAGAGGAGUAGCCAUCUUCGUAAAUGGUUAUACAGAGCCAACUGCAGAAGAAUUAAAGCGAAUAAUGAUAGCAAAUGGAGGAACAUUCCAUCAUUACUACUCAAGGAGCAAGACAACCCAUAUUAUUGCAAGCAAUUUACCUGACACCAAAGUAAAAAAUUUACGUUCUGAUAGAAUUGUAAGUCCAAAGUGGAUAUCAGAUUCUUUGGAAGCUGGGUAUUUGCUGGACUACAAAAAAUAUGUACUUUACACAAACCAGUCAACAAAACAGCCCAAAUUACAAUUUACAAGAGUACCCAGUACAGACAGUGCUAAGCAUCAUGAUAAUACAGAGUUUUCAAGCCUGCCUUUGACUGAUGAAUGUGGGAGGUCAAGAGAGUCAUCAAAAGAUGUUCAGGAUGGGAAGCCUGUUAAAGAAAACAGGAAACAUAUGGGUUUUUAUCAUUCUGAAGAUGAAGAUUUGUUUUCAGAUUUAUUGGAAGUAAGUAACAAAGAAGGAAAAAUAGGUUCAAAUGCAGGAGAAGUGGAAGAAUCCUAUAGUAGUAAGGAGAAUGAAUCCCCUCCCAGUGUUGAAGGUGAAGAAGAUCUGUUUUCAGAUUAUAUUGAAGGAAAUACACAAGAGAGCUUAGUAGAAUCAGAAAAAGUUGGCAAGAAUGAGUCUUUUAGUAAACAUGAAAUUAAAUCCAUUUCAAAGACUGAAGAAGAUGAGGAUUUGUUUUCAGAUUCAUUUGAAAUUAUUGUUAAAGAUAGCAAAAUAGAUUUGGAUAGAACAGGGGUUGUCUAUGAAUCUCCCUCUAAGAAGGAUAAUGAUUCCUCAUCAAAAACUAAAGAGGGUGUUUGUGGUCCCAUACAACACAGUGUGCAGAGUAAUGCUCAUCACAUUAGCCCAUCCAAAGGUCAUUCCAUGAGCACUGCUAAUCCUAAUUUUCUCUCUGAAUUUUAUAAUAACUCAAGACUUCACCAUAUUUCCACAAUGGGAGCAAUGUUUAAGCAGUAUGUCACUGAAAUGCAAAGUAAAAAUGUAGGAUUUCCAGGGCGAAAGGCCCUAAAAGAGUGGCUGCGAAGUAAUAAGAUGGAAGAAAUUAAAUCUCCAGAUAGGAGCACUUUGGGGAAUUCAGCUGCUGCUCACUCGAAGUCUAACCAGAAACGUAAGAGAACCAUAAUGCACAUAGACAUGGACUGUUUCUUUGUAUCUGUGGGUCUUCGUAAUUACCCUGAAUUGAAAGGCAAACCAGUAGCAGUUACACACUCAAAGGGUUCUGGUAGAACUCAAGUUCGGGAAGGUACAGAUAGACAGUAUGAGCUUAAUUACUAUAAAGAAAGAGCAGAAAAAAGGCUCGGUGAUAAAAUUAAAUCCUCCAAUCUAAGUAAAGUGCAAGAUCCUUUUGCAGCAGCCUCUUUGCAUGGGGAAAUAUCUGAUGUAUCCAAAGAGACUUAUGAUGAGAAGUCAGUUGACCAAAAAUUUUCAAUGCUUCCGCUUAUUGAUGAGUCAUGUUCAAUGUCAGAGAUUGCAUCAUGCAGUUAUGAAGCUCGAAAGGCAGGGGUGAAGAAUGGAAUGUUUAUGGGACCUGCUCUGAAGCUGUGCCCAAACUUGAAAACUAUUCCCUAUGAUUUUGAUGGUUACAAAGAAGUGGCAUAUAAAUUAUAUGAUAUUGUAGCAAGCUUCACCCAUGACAUUGAAGCUGUUAGUUGUGAUGAGAUGUAUGUUGAUCUAACAGAGAUACUUAAUGACUGUCAAGUUGCCCCUCUUGAAUUUGUAUCGUAUCUUCGCCAAGAAGUGCAGGCAGCUACAAAAUGCCCUUGCUCAGCUGGGGUUGGUCCUAACAUGUUAGUGGCCCGAAUGGCGACACGUCGAGCAAAACCUAAUGGCCAGUAUAUGGUUGACAUGGAAAAUUUAUCAGAGUACAUGAUAAACGAAAAAGUUACUGAUUUGCCUGGUGUUGGUUGGUCUCUUGGAAAAAGACUUGAGAGUCAGAAUAUCAAGACUUGUGAAGACUUGCAGGUGAAGUCUCUGGGUCAGUUGCAAGCUUUGUUUGGCAACAAGACAGGCCAGUCUCUAUACUAUUAUUGUCGGGGGAUUGAUGAACGCCCUGUCAAAAGUGAACAUAUGAGGAAGUCUGUAUCAGCUGAAGUCAAUUAUGGUAUUCGCUUCACUAGUCAGGAUGAUGUGACUAGAUUUAUAGGAGAACUAGCAGCUGAAGUGGAAAAUAGGCUAAAUGCUGUCAGUCUGAAGGGCAAAUGUAUAACGUUAAAGCUGAAGAUUAGAGCCAAAGAUGCUCCUGUUGAGACUGCAAAGUUUAUGGGACAUGGAGUUUGUGACAACAUUGCCAAAUCUACUUCUUUGGGAAUUGCAACAUCAUCAGCAUCAACCAUUGAAAGAGAAGUAAUGAUGUUGCUCCGCCAAAUUAAAGUACCUCCACAAGACUUCCGAGGUGUGGGAAUACAGGUGUCAAGGUUAGAGGGGCAUCAUGGUUCUGGUGCAACUUCUGGCAGUGCUUCAAUUAAGAGCUUUAUGCUGUCUGCUAAGGCAAAGCAUAAAAGCACUUUGCCCUGUGGUUCAGAAAAGAGGAAAGAACAAGGAUCUAGCUCGCCUACCAGUACAAAUCUCACUGCUGUAGAUAGAAAAUUGAAUUCUGAAGCUGAACCAAGGAAAAAUCCUCAGUCUCCUACAAGUAUGCAAAAAUCUACAGCUUCAGGAUCUGUGGAACCUUUGUUGAUAAAUUAUAAAAGUUCUUCUGCAGAUAAAGGAACAAUUGACUUGGAGGUGUUAAUGGCAUUACCUGAGGAUAUGCGGGAACAAGUAAUCGCUGAAUACCGCCAGCAGGGAUAUGUAGUCCCUAAGUCUGUUAAGGCAGUGAAUAGUUGUGUUCCACAGCCUGGCACAUCUCAUUCCUUGAAUGAAUUUAAUUAUGAAGGGUGUGUCAGAAGCCAGGAUCAACCAGAAAAUACCAGAGAAGGUAGCUUAAAAACAAUUCAGGAGAAAAAAGAACCUUGUCCAUCAACUUUAUCUGAAGCUUUAAGUGAUGAUGAAGCACAAGUAACUAGUUUUUCUCAAGUUGAUUCCAGUUUUCUUGCUGCACUUCCUGCUGAGAUGCUUGAGGAAUUACGCAUGGACUUUGAACACAAAAAGCGUCUUGCGGUAGGGCCAUCAUUAUCACAUCCUCAGCAACACAAGCAACCAGGGAUCUUUCAAAGUGGAGUGAAGCAUAACUCGAGAUGUCUCACAGGUGCAAAUGAUCUUGCAAGGAUGCUUUUAGAUAAAUCUAGUAGCAGAAGUGUGCCUCCUCAGCAGACCAUGCCACAAGGUGGAAAGAGAAGAGGAAGACCGCCAAAGUCUUUAAGUAACCAUAACAAGAAAAGCCCUGUGAAGUCCAAGAUGAAGACCUCCAAGGAAUUCAUCAGGGGUGGGUUUGUUAGUGCCACACAUGUAGAAGAUAAUUCAAGCCAAGAUAGUGGUGUUGACAGCAGCCUUAACACUCCCUUGUCAGAUCAGAAAACUUGUGAAGAAAAUACUUCUGUGCAAGAGCCAGCUGAAGAAAUUCCUCAACUAUGUGGGGCAGUAGAGUUAACUGAAGUGAAAGACUUUAUUCGUGAAUGGGUGUCAUCCUGUCCUAAUCCAGAUGAGGAAGAUGUGGAUAUUAUAGCAUCUUAUUACAGUAACCUUGUUAUUUUUCGAGACCUAGAGAAAGUUGACCUCCUCAUCAAAUAUUUUUACAGGCAAGUUAUACGUACCAGUAAUCAGCAGUGGCAGUUGGCAUACCACAAUGUUGUAGACAGAGUUCAGAGUGUAAUGUUACAUCAUUAUGAAGUAAAAAUGAAAGUGCCCUCCCUUAUGAUAGAAGAAUCUUGAAAGUAUAAAUGCUCCCUCCAUCUCGAUUCAACUGUGCGUCACUGCAGUGAUGUGAUUUGGUUCAUCUUGUACUAUCUUGUAUGUUAAAUUUUAUUGUGAAAUAUUUUAUUCUCUUAUAAAAUUUAUUGAAUAUGGUAAUCAUGCAAGUUAUUGACUUUGUUUUUCCCUAGUACAGUCAGGUCAAAGUACAGUAGACCCCCGUAUUCAUGUGGGCAGGAUACUAGACCCCCUUGCAAAUAGCUAAAAUCCGCGAAUACUACAGGCAAGUCCCCGGUUAACGGUGGGAGUUCCGUUCCUGGGGGUGAUUUAUGGUGCUGAUAACCGGUUAUCAGCACCAUAAGCAACCUUAUGGUGCGCCAUAAACUUCCUUAAGGCACCGAUAACCAGAACUCGUCCCGUUAUGGUGCUAAAGAAGCACCAUAAAACCGGAUUACUGAUAACCAGGGACUGCCUGUAGUUAAAACCUCUAAAACGCUUAGAACUACUUAUUUUAAUACUUAAAACACACACAAAAAAUAAAGAUGCUUAUACCUGAGUUUUUUAAGUUUUAUCACAAAAAGUGCAUUUAGGCAUGGAAAUGUUAAAAAAAUACAGUAUUUUGUGAAUAUAUUUUAGUGUAAAAUACUGCUAAUAGGGGAAUUUUCUGCAAAUAAUGGGUAUAUAGUGAAUAGGCGAGUCCGUUAAUAGAGGAGAUCGAUUGUAAGAGUAUUUGUUUUACAAAUGACAUAAAAUUUCUUUAAAAAUUUUGGUAGAGAAGCGGAAUGUUUGACUUACGAAAUGUUCGACAAAUGUCACAUUUAUAAAAAUAUAUUCUCGCAGAAAAAAUGUAAAUGAUUAAUUAUAGAAUAAAAAAUUAAAACUAGAUUAAUUAUAAAUAAAAACCAAAGAAAUACAAAAAACAUACAUAUAUGCAUGUAUAUAUAAAAAUUCAGGAAAACACUGAAAAUGAUCACCUUCCCCGCUGUUUUGUGCAAUUUGUUUCCAUUAUGUUUGUGUACAUCUUCAGAAAGUGAAGGAUUUAAAUUUGGAAGAGUUAUAUAGCUAACAUUGGUAAGCAAAAGGAUUAAUUAUAAGAAAUGGCGGUGAAUUCUGAGACUAGUUACAAUCUUGGUAAGCCUGAUUUAUGAGUGAUGUAUGAAGAUUCGCAUUUACCCAGAUGAACUUUGGCAUCUAGACCUAUUCAUUAGUUAAAAGCUAACUUGGAUAUAAUAUGCAUUAUUAUUGUAUCUACCAAAAUUGAGACAGGCAUAGAUAGCCUAGCUAGUGUAAUUUAGUGCAAAUAAACCUUGCCCUAUAAUACCCCAAAGUCACGCAAUUCGAUUUGAGCAAAUUCACAAUAAUGCAAUGCUUUCAUUGGAACUUCACUAAUUAUCAUAUGCGAGUUCCUCACAAUGGUGCAAACAUUUACGAAUCCUGCAGAAAUGCUGAAAAAGAGUAUAUGUUUAAUUUAUAAUGUAAAUCUUAAAGUUUUAAAGCUUUUCUGUAUAAAAUCUUUAUUAAAAAUGUAUUAGUUUUAUUUUUUUACAUGCAUAAAUAUGAUGAUACAAAAG